CCGGGCUGAGCGGCCCCGGCCCUCCUGUGUCUGGCGGCGUUUGCGGCUGCGGGGCCGGUGCGGGCGGAGGGCGGCCCGCUCCCUCGCUCGCUAAGAUGGCGGCGGCGGCGGCGGCGGCGGCCGUGGCGCGGCUGGAGGGCCGGGAGUUCGAGUACCUGAUGAAGAAGCGCUCGGUGACCAUCGGCCGCAACUCGUCGCAGGGCUCGGUGGACGUGAGCAUGGGCCACUCCAGCUUCAUCUCCCGGCGCCACCUGGAGAUCUUCACCGCUGCUCCCCCGCCGCCGCCACCGGCCGGCGCGGACGGGCCGCCGCCUCCGCCUGCGGGGGACCCUGCAGCUGCCCCCGGCGGCUGCGGAGGAGGGGACUUCUACCUGCGCUGCCUCGGCAAGAACGGCGUCUUCGUGGACGGCGUGUUCCAGAGGCGGGGGGCGCCGCCGCUGCAGCUGCCCCGAGUGUGUACUUUCAGGUUUCCCAGCACAAACAUCAAGAUAACAUUCACAGCUCUGUCCAAUGAAAAGAGAGAAAAACAAGAGGCCCCGGAGUCCCCAGUGAAGCCUGUGCAACCCCAGAUCUCUCCCUUAACAAUAAACAUUCCAGACAACAUGGCUCACCUGAUCAGCCCUCUCCCUUCUCCCACAGGAACUAUCAGUGCUGCAAAUUCCUGCCCAUCUAGCCCCCGUGGUGCAGGCUCUUCAGGGUACAAAAUGAGUCGUGUAAUACCAUCUGACCUACAUUUAAUGGCUGACAAUUCCCAGUCAGAAAAUGACAAGGAAGCAUCGGGUGGAGAUAGCCCAAAGGAUGACUCUAAGCCACCUUACUCCUAUGCACAGUUAAUAGUACAAGCAAUUACAAUGGCACCUGAUAAGCAGCUUACACUAAAUGGAAUUUAUACGCACAUAACUAAAAAUUAUCCAUACUACAGGACAGCAGACAAGGGCUGGCAGAAUUCAAUACGCCACAAUCUCUCUCUGAAUCGUUAUUUCAUCAAAGUACCACGUUCCCAGGAAGAACCAGGCAAAGGCUCAUUCUGGAGGAUAGACCCUGCCUCUGAAAGCAAAUUAAUAGAGCAGGCUUUUAGGAAAAGGCGGCCUAGGGGAGUACCUUGCUUUAGAACCCCUCUGGGACCACUCUCUUCUAGAAGUGCCCCAGCUUCUCCUAAUCACUCUGGAGUGUUGUCUGCGCACUCCAGUGGAGUCCAGACCCCCGAGAGUCUGUCCAGGGAAGGAUCUCCAGUCCCAAUGGAACCUGAGCCUAGUGCUAUCCAGCCAAAACUAGCGGUAAUACAAGAAGCGCGAUUUGCACAGAGUGCCCCAGGAUCACCUCUAUCUAGCCAACCAGUUUUAAUUACUGUACAACGGCAGCUACCACAAACUAUUAAACCCGUCACCUACACUGUUGCAACUCCUGUGACCACAUCGACAUCCCAGCAGCCUGUAGUUCAAACAGUACAUGUUGUCCACCAGAUACCAGCUGUGUCAGUCACAAACGUGACUGGAUUAGCACCAGCAAACACUUACACUGUAGCUGGACAGGCUGUAGUCACGCAAGCUGCGAUGGUAACCCAGCCCAAGGUAGAACCUCAAGAGAAUGGAGACCACAAGGAAGGAAAAGUUAAAGUGGAACCUAUACCUGCUAUUAGUCAUGCUACAAUAGGAGCUGCUAGUCGUAUCAUUCAGACAUCUCAGACCACACCCCUACAGACAGUUACUAUAGUGCAACAAGCACCUCUAGGUCAACACCAGCUACCAAUAAAAACUGUAACGCAGAACGGAACGCACAUAGUCCCCAUCACCACUGCAAUACAAGGCCAGGGCAAUGCUGCUGCUGCAAGUCCUUUGCAUAUGUUGGCAACCCAUGCGUCCGCAUCGGCGUCGCUCCCGACCAAGCGCCAGAACGGAGACCAGUCAGAACAGCAGGAACUCAAACGUAUCAAAACAGAAGAUGGAGAGAGCAUAGUCAUAGCUGUUAACGUGGACACCCCAUCUGUGGCAGUGAGUGAUAAAGGCAGCCAGAACUAGAAACUUAGGGGAGUUGUGUUUUUUUAAAAAAAACAAAAACAAACGUACAAACAAACUCCGUGGUGCCAAAAGGAGACACUUAAACAUAACACCUAAAAUGUUGGAACAUGUUCUCACGCAGUGGGGAAAGGGGCCCUGUGAUCAGACUUCAACUUUCAGCACUGAAAAAAAAAAACAAACCAACAAAACCAACCCAACACAGGUGGCCUUAAAACUCGGUAAUUUAAAGUCAAACUGCAAAACAUCUUGUUCCAGAGGCUGUGACCCCCGCUCCUCCCUGCCCCCUUACUGAACUGUGAGCACUGAGAAAUACAGUGUUGGGGAGGGCUGCAGCUUUAAAAAAAUCUCUAUCAGAUUAUUUUAAGGACUGAGUAUCUCAGUGUAACGGCAGCAUGAUAAGCGCUUAGUGUGAACUGGUUUCAAACGAUUGUAUAUUCCUUAAAGGGAACAGAGGCAAGGAGCCAUUUCCUACAUCUUGGCAGCUAGCCUUUCAUAAUGACCUACCCGAUGCAGUUGUUGGUAGAUAAUGCAGUAUUUUGUUGUUCACAUGUGGAAUUUAGGAAUUUUUGAGGUGUAUUUUCAUUUCUUUGCAAAAUAAUAUGGGGUCUUUGACAUUUCAAAUCACUCCAUUUCUACUCCGGAAACUUUGGAAUCACACAAUACUUUUCAUGUGAAAUUUUGUUUGGUAAAAAACUGAAUGUAGGGUUUUUUUAACCAAUGGAAUGAUUUACUUUUGUCUGUCCUGUUAAAGUUCAGAUAAAGCUACUUUAUUACA